UCCGUUGGAGACAGUCGGUCGAGGAACGCGCGCGAAGGCGAAGCACAAGGCAAACCAAACUCGUGACGCGUCGGGAGACGAGAAUCGUAAAGUGACGAAUGCAUAUCCGUCCGUCCAUAGCCACAAAAGUAGUUCCUGUUCCAUAAGCAUAUAUAAACGUACAUAUAUGAUAUAUAUAGCCAUUACCAUUACCAUUACCGUAACCAUAACCCCGGCCAGAGAAAUCAUUAAUAAACGUAAGCGGUAAACUCGUUGAGUUCUCUGAACGGAACGUGCUCUCCUUUAGUCAUCAUCUGCCUCAACCUCUGCCGGCAUCAGCAUUAUCCGCGUCUCUCGUUCUGGUCGCGGUUAACGCUCAGCGGUCGUCGGUCGAUGGUCGACGGUUGACGCGCUGUUGACGCUGUGGUUCGUCGCGCGUGCUGUGACAACCAGCAUAAGCGGCAAGGACAUUCCCCAAGAGCCCAACCCAGUCAGUCGGUGAGGCAGCCACGCAGCCAGGCAGCCCUAAGAGCCAUGUUGACAGGCUUAAAUGGGGCUUUGAGCGCUUAAAUUUCAAGGCGCUUUUCUCAUUACACCCAUUGUUGUGCCACCAAAUGAUAUAUGACACCCGAGCGAAAAUAUAUAUAUAUAUGAAAGUGUCUACGAAAAGUGUGAAUUCAUUCUCAGCUGGCAACGAGUGAGCGAAGAGAGCAGGCAACCAAAAGGAUUAACCUCGCCUCCGAAUAAAGUGCUUACAGCCAAGAGUCUGUUUCUCUCUGUGUGUGCGUUCGUGUGUGCUUGUGUGUGCGUGUAAACUGGCCAUAAGGCUGUGGCCAAGAGCUGUGUCGAAUUGCCAAUGAAAGGAUUAAAAGCAUAACAUUUCAUAUCAGUUGACAGUCCAGCGAGCGUCCACAGCACGAAAGACGAAGGACGAAGGAACGAAGGCCGAGUGACAGCUCUUAAGCUGAUUGCGUUUUGAUAAGACUCUUUAACGAGCGACGACACAAAAGGACAACGAAAGCAACCAGGACACGUGCUCAACACCAACAACAGGCACUGGCCACUGACCAGCGGACGAAACGUUGCCAACGUGACGAUCCACACAAUCAGCAACACUUGGAGGAGGAGCAGCUACCAGUUGGUCAAACCAGCAGCAGACAGAAGAGUGAGAGGGAGAGGGAGAAGGGCGAGGAAGAGCCAAUAAAAAAAGCUAACGAAAAUGCUGAUGCCGCUUGCAGUCGACAGGCGAAACCAGCAGCAACAGCAACAGCAACAGCAGCAACAAAAGCAACAGACGCAGCCGCAACAAAAACAAAACUGGAAAAGUUGAACCCAUCGCCAGCAGCCAGAGGGAGAAGCAGAGUCUGCGACAAGAGCAAAGAGAGGCUGAAAAGUUCCAAAUUUGGCAGACAGAAUCCUCGUAGUGCUCCACGUCGUAGCGCUUUGUGGCCGUAUCCGGAUGCGGAUGCGGAACUGUUAGCAGCAGUUGCCGUCCUCGUAUUUCGUAUUUCGAAUUUCAGUUUUCGAAUUUGAUUUUAACGCUUCUUUGCGAGUCAACGCAGGACUCUGCCUGUUUGCCAACUAUCAACAGCCAACUGGCAACUGGCAACCAAAUCAAAGUUGUGCCCCCAACGGAAGCAACUCCCCAGCACUCUAUUCCCUCAACUCCACUCCACUCUUCUGCUCAACCAGAACGCCUCAAUGAUCACACAUUGAAAUUGGCUGCCAUCAAGAUUCGAAUCCAUUGAAAUGAACAGCAGUUUCAUCGGCGUCACAUGCGCUGACAAGUUAUUAAGAGCACGUCUGGGUUUAACCGCAAUAAGCCUGUCCAGACUAUAGACUACAAACCGAAGAGAGUUCCUCAUUAUGUCUGCUGUUUAUAGUGUCUGCUGUCCCAGCAUGUUGCUCCUCCUGAUCCCACUGCUUGCCUGGCAGACGCCUUCGGUGAGCGGAUAUCUCAACAUUUUCAUCAGCCACCACGAGGUGAUGAAACUGAUGGGACUGGAGGCGGAUUUGUUCUACGUGCACGAGGGAGCCAUUAACACAUAUGCAAUGCACUUCACCGUCCCCGUGCCCGCUGACGUUCACGAACUCGAGUUCUCUUGGCAGAGUCUCAUUGCCUACCCGUUGCGCUACACCAUCAGCAUCGAGUACGCCAACGACCAGGAUGCAUUGGGAACGCCCACGCUCAGCAUACCCCACAAGGGUCUGGUGCCUCAGGAGAUCGAAUCGUUUCUGGUCUAUCUGCCCUGCACGGGCAAUGCCAGUCUCCAGCUGCCCGUCAACGUAAACAUGGUGGUGCAAGGACCACCGCGAUUCAACGACACCCGUCUCCACUUCAAGCGCACCAAGAUCUGCGCCAAGGGCAUUUCGCCGGAGCCCAACCAGUCGCCAGCCCCGGCACAUGCUCCCUCCCAGGGUCCCGCGCUGAUGAGCGCCGCCGCCUGUGCCCUAGGCCUGGUGUUGGCCGUGGGUCUUGUGGCCAGCAUGAUGUAUGUGCGGGCACGUAAACAGUUGCGUCAGGACUCGUUGCACACCAGCUUCACCACCGCCGGCUAUGGUAGCCAUCAAAAUGUGUUCAUUCGCCUUGAUCCACUCGGACGACCUCCGAGUGCCACCGGCUCCUAUGCCACCAUUGCCAGCCUCAACAAAUAUCCAGCGGAUACCAAAAAGUCCUGCAGCAUUUUCGAUCGAUUCCGUAGCUCGCCAACGCCCACGCCGUAUGCAACAGCCUUGCUGCCAAUGGGGGACCAGGCUGGCGAGACCAUUUACUCGAAACCCGAGUCGGUGUGUCCCUCGAGAAUAUCCUACUACGCCUCCUCGCAGCUGACCCAGGCCUGCAGCAUGUCGACGCCGAAGAGCAGUCGCGGCAAUGGCGGCAGUGGCAGCCUCUUUGGUGGCCUUGCCACAGGCAGCACCAUCACGGUGGCCAGCCAUGCGCACAGUGAGAAGACCAAGGAGCGUCUUCGUCGCAUUCCCAGCGUCCAGCCAGGUGCAUUGACCUACGAGCAGCUGGUCAAGGAGGGCACCUUUGGUCGCAUCUAUGCGGGCAAGCUGGGCGAGACCUGCGAUGCCCUGGUCAAGACCGUCAUCGAUGGCGCCUCGUUGACACAGGUCGCCUGUCUGCUGCAGGAUGCCUCGCUGCUGAUUGGCGUCAGUCAUCAGCACAUCCUGGCACCGCUGUUGGCCAACACCGAGCUGCCCGGCCCGCCAGAGAUUGCAUAUCCCUAUCCGUCCAAGGGCAAUCUGAAGAUUUACUUGCAAAAGUCGAGGGAGUCCAGCACAGCGCUGAGCACGCGGCAGCUUGUCGAGUUUGGACUGCACAUCACAAAGGCGCUGGCCUACCUGCAUUCCUUGGGCAUUGUCCACAAGGACCUCGCCACACGCAACUGCUAUCUGGACGAAGAAGCCUACGUGAAGAUCUGCGACAGUGCGCUGUCGCGAGACUUGUUCCCAGAUGACUACGAUUGCCUGGGCGACAACGAGAACCGUCCUCUGAAGUGGCUGUCGCUGGAGUCGCUGCAGAAGAAGGUUUAUGCCACACAGAGUGAUGUAUGGUCGUUGGGUGUGCUCUACUGGGAGCUGGUCACACUUGCACAAAUGCCACACGAAGAGGUGGACAUCUUUGAGCUUACCAAUUACUUGGCUGCCGGCUAUCGUCUGGAGCAGCCCGUCAAUUGUCCGGAUGAAUUCUUUACGGUGAUGAACUGCUGCUGGCACUCGGAGCCAAAGCAACGACCAACGCCCUCGCAGCUGUUGUCGUAUCUGCAGGACUUUCAUGUCGAUCUGGGCAUGUAUAUCUAAAAAGGGGAGAUGAACUGAUAGGCGCUCCAGGCAAAUGGAUUAACUUCAACAUUGAAUAACUGAAUGCAUAACUAAACUAAAUUAAUUGAAAACUUUUGCAUUUUAAAUGUGAGAUUUACCUGUUACGAGUAGAUGUUUGAUGUCUGUAAAUAUAUAAGUGUAUGGAAGGAAGGAAAGAUGGAGUUCAGAGGUCGCAAAUCGCAGUAUUGUGUAAGUAGACAUUAAGGCGUUCAAAUGGCACAAAUGCUGAAACCAAUUAUAAAUCAACAAACGUGUGUUGCAAGACAGUUGCACAUUCCAAGUAAUUCAUAAGUAAACAACAAUGACACUCAGUUGCAAGCAGAGACAGUUGCAGUUGCAAGGUGUUCCCCAAUCCGUUUUCGACUUCAACUUGCUUAAGGUACUUAAAAUCAAAGCGAAAUGCAUGCGAAAACGUUUUUGGGAACGCUACAGUUGAACACUUUAAGUAGCUAGAAAUUGAAUACACAUAAGAUUGCAAAACAGAUAAAUUAUAUAUGAUUGUGAAUUAUUGAGAAUGCAUAUUUUAUUGAAUGUGUGUGAGCAGAACCAUGCAAGUGAUGCUUAGAGGAUGGAAGAGUGGAAGAGUGGAAGAAUGGAAAUGAAAGUGGAAGUGGAAGAUAGAGUUGAAUGUGCGACAACAAAAUACAGAAUCUUUUGUUCUCAAAUGUUGUCCUCAAUUGUUAUCAAAGCGAUAAAUGUAUUUAUUUAUUUACCAAACGAGCAAUUUUUUAUUAGACAUUAUUAUUAUUGCGACAACAGUACUUAAGUAUUUAUAAGGCAACAACUCUCGACUGAAUCUGAGUCCAAGGAGUCAAAACAUAAGGCACAGCAGCAGAUAUGAAGUUCAAAUCAGCAUUAGAGAACCACACAAUCACAAUCACAAUUCCGAAAUAAAGCAAAUGUUAAAUGCAACGCACACUCAAAAAUUGUCAAUGUCACAAGCUAAACUUAAAGUUAUGAACAAAUUACUUAGGGGACUCACAAACACAACAAACCACAUCACAACACACAAACAACAACAACUACCAAAAUUUCACACUAAUUUAUUUAUAACAACUUUAACUUCAAUUUCAAAUUCAACUAAAAACUUCUUUAGCUAAACUAGACCAGAGAAUUAGCAUUUGAAAUGAAAUCGUCGAGCUAUUGUUGUCACACAGAAGUUCAGGAGUUUUAAAUGAGCUUAGAGCUUUCUGCUUAGUUUGUGCCAAAAGUUGAUUUAAAGCUGCUGCUGGAAAAUAUUCAAAAUUUCAAGUAAUGCUUUAAUGUUAAUACAACAUUAUUAAAAUAUUCAAUUACUAAAUCCAAACUUGUAACAACUUCUUAAGCUUUAAACCACUUGAAGAGCUAAAACUUAGUUUAUCCAAAAGCUGUUGUAAGCCUAAAGCUGGCUUAGAAUGUUGGAAAAGUUGAUUUAAGGCUACAGCUGCAACAUUUUAAAAAUUUCAAGUAAAACUUUAAAGUUCAUUCAACAUUUAGCUUAAAUCAAAUACCAAAUCAAAUAAUAAACUAGUAAAUAACUUCUUAAGCUUAUAUAGAGUAUUUUCAUGUGCUUUGAUAAGCAAGCUUUCAAAUGAGUUUAAAGCUUUUUGCUUACUUCGUAUAAAACUGAAGAGUUUUCAAUAAUUUAAUGUUUAUAAAAGAUUUAGACAACAUUAUUGAAAUAUUCAAUUACCGAAUCAAAGAAUAAACCAGCAACAACUUCUUAAAAUUUAAACAACUUGAAGUGAUAAAACUUAACAUAAGCGAACUAUGAAGCACUUAUAUGUGCUUUGAAAAGCGCAUAACUCAUGCAAGCUGCUCAAUUCAAUUAACUUCAUGCUUAACUUUAACUUCAAUUAGCAACUUCUGCAACUAGGCAAAGAAAUGAAGCUGAAGCUGAAUCUGAAUAUUAAUCAGAAUUACUAAGCAACUCUUUGGGAAAACUUUCACGUUAAAUUUAACUAAAAAAAAGCUCUUCAAUUGAAACUUCUUGUGAGCAAAGCUGACUGAUGAUAAGCUCUCUUAAGUUGUAUUUUAAUAUUCUGUUGUUUACCAUUGAUAUCCUACUGCUCGUCCAUGUUUCCAGCUUAGAUUAAGGUAUUAUUAUUCAUAUUGUUAUUGUUCAAAGAGUUUAGUUUCAUUUUUGCUCUAUUUACGUUUCUAGUCAUUGAUAUUAUUUGCAAGUUCUGUUGGCAAAACGCAACUGAAAGUUGCCCAAGAAAACGAAAAACAAACAAAAUCCAAAACUAGAGCAUCAACAACAAACAAUAUGUUAUUGUUGUGCUCUAGUUGAAAGUGCAAUAAAAAUGAAUGCGUAUCGAAAUACCAAAGAAAUACACAUUUUAAAAUAGUCAUUCCUCAGAAAAACCGUAAACUGCUUAUUCUCUCUACUUAGUCUAUAGGAUAUAUAUUCUAUAUAUAUACUACAAUAAACAAUCAAACAAAAACCAAAAAAAGAGUUAUGUAUGUAUAUGUACUAUGUGUAUGUUUUAUUUGAUAAGCUCAAGCUAAAGCUCAAGUUCUUACUUUGCACUCAAAGGUAAUGGAAACACUGAUCAAUAUGAAUAUGAAUGUUACUAAAAGCGAAUACAAAAUACGAUACGAUAACGAAUACAAAUUACGAGUACUCUCUCUCACCUAAAAACGAAAACAAAAAUGGAAAAACUUAAAACUAAGUAGAAAAUACUCUGCAAAUCUCUGCUGAAAUUGUGUCUCAACUCUCAACUUAAAUGGAAAGCAACUCAAUUCGUGAAUCCCUUAAAACUUGCAAGAAACUAAGUGUAAAACCAUUUUAAAUAGUUAAUAAUCACACACACACACACACGCACUCAUACACACACAGACAUAUAAACUAUGACUAACUGAAUGUGUUUCAAAUUUAUAAAUACAUAAAUCUUAACUUGUACUUGUAUGUAUGUAUCCUGAAUGUAUGUAUGUACUGUCUAUGUAUAUUUUGUCAUCAAAUUGAGUACUAAAGAGUAAGCUCGAAAAGCGAAACGAAGAUAAACAAAUGGCAAAUCCCCAAGGGAUAUUGCUAUUUCAAAUUUCCAAAUACUACGAAACAGAAACAGCAACAGAACAGAAACAACAACACAAACAACAACACAGCAAAGAAACUCGACUACAAACUACAAACAUGCAUCAACUAGGUUUUCUCUCUGUAUUUUUAAGGCAACACACACGAACACACACACUCACACACACACAGAAGGAUACUGUCACAGCAAUCGAGCAAAACAAAAACCUAAAAAUUAUCAUUCAGAUUCUCAGCGUCUCUCACUCUUUAACACUAACCAAUUUUUAUAUAGAUGUAUUCUCUGUCUCUGUCUAACUUAAGAUACUAUAUGUACCCUAGUAUAUGUAUAUGUGUAUUGGAAAAUAUUUGCUAAAAUACCCCCACCACACACACACACACACCCGUACACACUCACACACACUUGCACACCAACUAAAGCUUCGAAACGGAGGCGACAGUUUUUCUUCUUCUUUUGUGUGUUUCAUUUUUGGGACUGACAGACUGACUCUGUGGGUGGUGGCAACCGUAAGAUAGCAAAACAGAAAUUCAAUUUUUGUGCAAAAGACAACAAGAACAACAACAACAACAACAUCAGCAAGAACAACAACAAAACAACUAUACUAAAAUGAACAAAAACAAAAGCAAAUUAAAUAAAUGUUCCUUUUGAAUCAUCAACAAAACACAAAGCUCUAUUAU